UUAGUUUGCAAGAUCAAGGUCACCGAAAACGCUGCGGUUCUGAGGGAAGUUUCAGACGAUGGAUAGAUGACCCUGUGCAUUUUCUAUUUUCCUAGUCUCAAGUGAAAGGUGAUGAUACUAAUUAAUUAAAGUCUGCUGACGGAAUGGAGAAACUACGCCUGCUGGCAAGAAAAGUUCCUAAAACAGGCGUGGUAGUGGCAGGAGCAGCAGGAGGCGUGACCUACUUCCUUUACUCAUAUUUUAAGGGGCAAAAAGUUCAUUUAGACUCCGGAAGUUUUGCCGUCGAUGGCUUAAAGCAGAAAUAUGCUUGGGCUCCCUUGCCUUCCAGGGCUCAGCUAGUUGAGUCACUAAAGAAGGAUGAGUUUGAUGUUCUAGUUAUAGGGGGCGGAGCCACAGGGUGUGGAGUAGCAGUCGAUGCCGUGAGUAGAGGUCUGAAGACUGCCUUGGUGGAGAAGUACGACUAUGGCUCUGGAACCAGCAGCAGAUCUACGAAGCUUAUCCAUGGCGGCGUCCGAUAUCUGGAGAAAGCCAUCUUCAAUCUGGAUAUAGAACAGUACCGGAUGGUGAAGGAAGCGUUGGCAGAGAGAGCCAACUUAAUAGAUAUUGCUCCACAUCUAGCCUACCCAUUCCCUAUCAUGCUCCCAAUAUACAAAUACUGGCAGAUUCCUUAUUUUUGGGCUGGUAUAAAAGCGUAUGACUUCGUGGCUGGGAAACAAAACUUGAAAUCUAGCUACUACCUUGGAAGAAAGAAGGCACUGGAGAUAUUUCCUAUGUUGAAAAAGGAUAAACUACGUGGCGCUUUGGUGUAUUACGAUGGUCAGCACGACGAUGCCAGGAUGAAUGUUAGUCUGGCUAUCACAGCCGCAAGGCUAGGUAGCACUAUAAUGAACUACGUGGAGGUCGUAGAAAUCCUGAAAUCUCCGGACAGUCAAGGAAAGGAAGUGGUCAGCGGGGCCAAAGUGAGGGACAGAAUGACCGGUGAAGAAUGGGAAGUUAAAGCCAAGUGUGUAGUAAACGCCACCGGACCGUACACGGAUCGUAUCCGCACCAUGGCCAACCCAGGGGAGAGGAAGAUCUGUCAGCCAAGCCAGGGUGUACAUGUUGUACUGCCUGACUACUACAGCCCAACCUCCAUGGGACUGCUUGAUCCAGCCACAAGUGACGGAAGAAUCAUUUUUUUCCUGCCCUGGCAAAAAGUCACCAUUGCAGGCACGACUGAUGAGGCCUGCGACGUGACAGACUAUCCAUCCCCCACGGAGAAGGAGAUACAAUUUAUCCUCAGCGAAAUACGCCAUUACCUGGACCCCGACGUUGAAAUUCGUCGAGGCGAUGUGUUGUCAGCCUGGUGUGGUAUUCGUCCCCUUGUGUCUGAUCCAAACAAGGUAGACACACAAUCUAUAGCCAGGAACCACAUCAUAGAGGUCACUAAGGACAAUCUCAUAACCAUAGCAGGUGGAAAAUGGACAACAUAUCGCCACAUGGCUGAGGAAACCAUAGACCGUGCAGUGUCUGUAUGUAAUCUGGAGCCUAAAACAAAGAGUCGUACCAAGGGCCUGCUGCUGGAUGGGGCACAUGGGUACACACCAACUUUCUUCAUCAGACUGGUGCAGGAUUUCGGCCUGGAGAAUGAUGUCGCCCAGCAUCUUGCCAGUACAUAUGGAGAUAAAGCCUUUAAGGUGGCCAAGCUUGCUGCCCUGACUGGAAAACGAUGGCCAGUUGUUGGCAAACGUCUACACGAGGAAUUCCCAUACAUAGAGGCAGAGGUACGAUAUGCAGUGAAGGAGUACGCAUGUCGAGCCAUUGACGUGCUUGCACGUCGAACACGCCUCACGUUCUGUAACGUUCAUGCUGCCGAGGAGGCCUUACCCAGAAUCGUGGAGAUUAUGGCAGAGGAACUCAAAUGGGAUAAGAAAAAGCAGAAGGAGGAAAUAGAACAUGCACGCACCUUUCUGAAAAGAGAGAUGGGUCUUGACUUGGGAACAGGAUCCAAAAACGUGCCUAUCAACUUCACCAAGGAUGAAAUCAACGUGUACGUCAAGCGCUUUAAGACACUGGACCACGACCAUAAGGGAUACAUCACCGUCAAUGACCUCCGCAAAUACUUCAAGAAAAUUGGAGAACGAGUGACAGAGGACCAGCUUCACGAUAUCCUGAACGAAGUGGACUUAAACAAAAAUGCUCAAGUAGAUCUCGGCGAAUUCUUACAGUUGAUGUACUAUAUAAAUAUAGCGGUGUCACUAAACGAUCACUGGGAAAGUCAGUCAGAUGAUCUAGGCGAGCAUAAGAAACGUCACAUGCUGAUGAGUGCAUUAAAAAGUGGACACGUGGCCAACUCCAGAUUUGGACAGGUGACACAGAUGAUGCCUGACAGAGAAAAGAUAACGGUGGAACGAUCAGGAGGAGGAGUAUAGAAGAGGAGGCAUGUAGAUGUUUAUAAUAAGUGAAGUAGUGGACAUGUUCUAAAGAUUUUUCUUUAAAACACAUAAAUAAGAAGAAAAAAAUGGAAGUAACGUUCUUGUUACGAAAAGUUACCUUAAGUCGUCUGUAUACAUAGAGUGGGGAGAAUGGAGACAAUUAAACGGAGAGUGUAAUCAGUCGGGAAAGUUGCUUUCAUUUCUGCGUGCACUUUGGAAAGUGUGGACAUUUGGAGGACAAAGAAAAAGCAAGGGAACAAAAAUUGGCCAGGAAAUGUUAAUUAGAACUUUUUGGAUUAAAAAAUGACCAUAUUUUUGCAUGAAUUUUCAAAAAGCACUGUCCUGGGGUUUUUUUUGCACUUGGCAGCGGUAUAGUGCGCUAAGCAGAUUUCAGCAAGUAUCAAAAUAUCAAAAGGCAAAAUGUACAUGUGAUUGUACAGGAAAUCAGUAAAUACAAGGCUAGAAAAUGAUCAUCUCUUACUUAACACUGACAAUUAGAUAUACAGUUUAUUUCUAUUCAAAUAGUGACAACAUUUCAAUACCACUUCAUUUUAUUUUUCUGGGUAUAGCAGUAUUUUGUUUGAACUUUUCUUCACAAUAACGGACAACAUUAAAGAUUUGUAAACGACGAAAUGGCCUUUAUAAAACUGUCUCUCAUAUGUUUACAGUAACAAUAGUGUCCAAUAUAGGUUCAUUACCUGUAUCGGUUAUACAAUGUAUGACCUGUAAUCUUUAUUUCGAACUCCGUUAAUGUUUUGUAUGAUCUGUUGUUUUGUAGUGUCCUAUUAAACGUACUCUUCGAAAAAACUGUUUAUCCCUCAGUGAUGCUUUCGUGGAAUGAUAUUCUUAAAUAUAUAAUAUAUAUACCAAAUAUAUAUAUUUAUUAUAACAUUUCCUCCCAUUUUCCAUUAACAAGUAACAAAUACAUGUUACACAUAUGUUUAUCUUUGUUGCCAUCGUAAAGUAACAGAUGUAUUUUUUUCCGUCAUCGAUAUGAUGCUUUUGCAUUGGUUUACUCACUAUACUAUGUUGAUAUAUUCUCUGGUGCUAUUGUCAUGUUUUAUGUAGCAUGAACACUAAAGAUUAGUACAAGUCAUUCUUUAAGGUAUUUAUUCUGUGAAAACAGAUUUUUGUGAGUUUCCCCCUUAACUUCUUACUCACCAGGAUUUUGAUUUAUGAAAAGAACAAAGACUGUUUGCAGUUGUUGGAUGGUAUGUCUCAUAAGCAGGAAACAAUCAGCCCUUGAAUUAAUACUCCUGAUUAUAUGUUUGUAUUACUCUUACUAUGAUAAGUGAUACCACUUAUUCUCUGGGUAUUGAUAUUUCCGGCACUGAUAAAUAGAUUUUGGCAUACAUACAUAUGUAUAGUCAUUGCCCAAAUACUAUGCGAUAUAUAUAGUGUCAGUUGUUGCUCCUCAGUCUUUAGAGUAUAAGAAUUUCUCAACAUAGGCCGUUAUUGUCCUAUUCAAUACAUAUUUGGGAUCAUAUCAACAAUAUUGGUAUACAACUCUGGAUCAUGAUUAUCACCGAGUUAUUGGUAAUACAUUACAACUGUACCUGCAUCUCCAAAGCUAAGUAUACUGUACAGCUAGGGUUAAUAUAACCCCCACAAACUGCUUAAUGCACCAUGCAUGUAUCUUACCUCAGGAACAUAUCAAGACUAAUAUUAACUUAAGCCAAGACCUUGCUAGCAAUAGGUUCUGAUCAAGAAAAUAUUUUGUUUAAGGAACAACUUGCCGGUAGUAGGUUCUGAUAAAAAUAGAAUUUUGUUAAAGGUACUUACUUGCUAGUGGUGAAUCCUGAUCAAGACAAAUGUCUGAACCUAUUUACUCUGAGCUGUCGAAAACUCUUGAACUCAUUCACCCCUGAAGUCACAUUUGAACUCUUCCAAGCCAAAGUUUGGAAUAGUUCAUUAUAAAACUUCAGGGGUGAAUGAGUUAAAGUGUAUCAGAGUCCCUGUAAGUAUUUUGUGAUACUGCUGACUAUAAAUCUGCAUAAUUGUAAUAAGGUAACCGUCUUGAGAGAUGUACAUGUAUUGUCAAUAAUGGCAUUUGAUCAGUUAUGUCAUACACGUAUAUAUAUCAUAAUAUAUGGGAAAUUCAUUAAGGAGAGUGCAUGCAAAAGGUUUUUUUAUUAUUUAUUUGUUAGAUGUUUUCAUCUACAAAUUUGUCUCCAAUUAACAAUUCUUUUUUUUUUUUGUAAUUUCAUUCUGUAAUCUAUUAAAGUAUCAAUGCAUUGGUCCUUAAUUAUCAGUUUUGUUUACUGUCAAUCUUCUUUCUGGUGUUAAUCAGUUUUAUUCACCCUGACACUAAAUGCUUAUCAUUUCUUAAUGUUUCCUUAUUAUGAACGAAAUAUUGAUAUGUAUAUGACAAUAAAUAUGAUGUCUUGUGAUAUGUAACUUUAAGUUAGAAGAACAUCCUUCAAUUAAAAAAGCACAAUCGUGUAUAACUGGAAUUUAUAUCAAUAUAAUGUAUUAAUUACUCAUUUAAUGUUGUUUACAGUUUGUUUCGUGUGAAUGAUAAAUUACAUCAUUUCACACUUUUGUCCUCAUUUUAUAUUAAAGAUUUAAUUUCAUUGCCUAGCCGGAAGUACAAAUGUGAAUUUUAAUUUAUUUUCACAGACUUUGUGUAUGCUUUUAGUAUUUUAAGACUUACACCGUUUUAUUUAGACCGUUGUUUAGAAUAUAUCAAAAUAGUUAGUGUGAGUGACUAACUUAUGUUUAAAAUGAUCUCUGUAUAAUGUUUAAAUUCCUUCCCUUGAACAUGAUUGUAUGUGAAUAAACCUAACUUGACCGUUUUCAUACUAAUUGAUGGUUUACAAGAUCGGUGAAAUACUAACUGGUCAAAAGGAUACAGUAAAACUGUAUACUGACGGGUAAGGGUAAUACAUUGAUAUACUGAUUGUUCAAUGGAAAAUAGUACACUAUGAUAGACACUGGAAAACUAUCAACAUAUUAAAAUUCAUCUGCAGACAUGUUUUCUUAUCUAUUAUAAAAAAUGUAUUUGCUUAAAUGAAACUUUCUGAAGACAUCAAUUAAGCAAUUUUACAUUUUUGAAUCUGGAUCACAGUAUUGGGUAAACCUAAAUUUCGUCAUUCGAAGAAGUCCCGUUUUAUAAACAGUAUACCACUUGCUUAGACUUGUCUUAUGUGAGUGAUGAGUAUCAAUUUCACCUAUAAAUAACGAAUGUAUGAUCAAUUAUUGACUUUCGUAUCUGCAGUUUUGUAUUGAAUGUUUUAAACGUCACUCGUGCCGUGAACACGACCGUUCUUGUUGGUGAGGUAUAAGUUAGCGUGGGUGAUUUAUAACGUUGGUAUUGAUGUCAAGUGUAGGUCUGAAUGCUAUUGCACAUAUAACAACAACGCUUUCAGUUUGUGGUGUUGUUUUUAAUUAAUACUAGGUUCUCAUUGCAUACUGUUUAAUCUAUAGCUACAAGACUUACGUUCAAGAAAAAAACAGUAACAGAAUAUUGCAUUUUAGCUGAAAAUGAGUUUGUAUAUAUUUGUUGAAGAAUGUUUGUAUAUUUUUGUUGAAGAAUGCUUGUAGAAAACAAUACCGAUGUCUUUUUUGUUAUUUAUUGGUACACUAUUGGGAAAGAAAAACUAAAAUAUAUAUAUCUGUGAUCAGCAGUUGAAUGUACAUGUGUAAAUUGAGUUUCAAUAGCUUAUUUAACAGGUUUGACAGAAAGAAACACGAUUAAUGAAAGAAUAUCAAAAAAAUAUAAGAUAAAGUAAAAGUGAAACUGCUUCAUGAUACGGUUUUGGAUCGUGAUCUGAACGUCUGCUUUCCUCAUUUGCCUAAUAAAGUAGAUAUUACGUGGUAGAGAUAUAUGAGGUACAUGUAUUAUGGUCACAGGGUAUC